AUGAAGAUCCAGCUCGGCCUUGCCCUGACCAUGGGUGCAGCCAUGGGUGUCUUUGCUGCUCAAGAUUAUUGCAACUCUGGAUACAAGAUUCCCAACACUGAAUAUAGCCUUGAUCUCUCAAAGUUGAACAAGCCUUUUACGAUCGUCCAAAAUGAGACCCAUCCUCCUUCCAUGACCUCGAAACAGGUGCUGAUCAAUAUUUGCGAUGCUGUGGAACGACCUGAAGGUACCAGUGAAGAAGACUUUUGCAAAAAGGGAGCAUAUGUAUGUUAUCGCGAGUUCUUUGUCAAGCAUGAUAAUGCAGAUGUCAUGACGGUCAAGAAUGUUGCUGGUGAUUUUGGUGGCAAGGAUAAGCUGAAUCCACAAUUCAAGGCUACAGACACCAAUCAAGAUUUGACACAAAGUGGUGCUCAAUUCUCUCUCACACUCAAUGGUGGCAAAUACAAAGGCAACGAUGAUGAAAAGGAAACAGCACAAUCUGCUCAAUUAACUUUGGAGUGCGAUACUUCCCAAUCUCGUAAUGAUGAUCCUCAACCUCCAACCCUUGUGUCAUAUCAGAACAAUGUCAUGUCGCUUAAUUGGAAGACCGUUUAUGCAUGCGCUGCCAAGAAGGGCGAGGAACCUCCUCCAUCGGAACCAGAGAACCCUGAACAAGGUGGUAGUGAAGGCAUGUCAGGUCUUGGUAUCUUCUUUACAAUCAUCUUUGUAUUAUUGGGUGUCUACUUUAUUGGUGGUGCUUUCUACAAUUACAAGGUGUACAAUGCUCGUGGAUUGGAUUUGAUACCUCAUCGUGACUUCUGGCUUGAUCUCCCCUAUUUGAUUAAGGACUUGAUUUCGCAUGUGAUUGACACGAUCAUGUCCCAUCGACGAGGUAGUGGUGGUUAUGUUGCAGUUUAA